UGAUUAUGAUAUGAUUGAUUAUCGACGACCCACUUUUUAAAUGAAUAUUUCAAGACAUGCUGUUAGUUUUUUUCAAAAUUUGCAUCGAUUCAUUUUGCGUAUUUUAGUUUCGAAAAUUUCAACCAAUGAAAAUCCAUGAUAAAUCAAACAAAAUGGAUGCGCCCACAUGCAGAACGUGUCGGGCCAUUCUUGACAAGAAAUCAAGGAGAACAAUUUUUUCCUCAACGUUUGAAUUCACUCAACAGUUAUGUGAAGUGUUGGGAUCAAUCCCAUCUCCAAAUGACGGCUCGUAUGUGUGUAGUCAAUGCUAUUCAAAAUUACGGAAGUUGUAUAAAAUUGACUAUGACUUAUUGCACAAGAUGGAAGAUUUGAGAAAGGAGAAAGGAGAAGUAAUUAAAUCGUUUCGUCAAAAUCUGACGUUGGGUAAUGUAAGUUCGACCGCUACCAUGAUCGAAUUAUCAUUGAGAAACGAGGACACGCUGACACCAAUAGAGAAUGUAAUCUCAGAUGAUUCCAACUUGGAGUCAAAGAGAAGUAGGCAGGGAGUUGGACUGUCACCAACUCCAAGGAAAAUAAAGAAAAGUAAACCAGUUUCUGCAAAGACUCCAGAUAAACCCAAGCGAAAGCCAUGUAUUAAACUUUUUACACCCAGUAAAAUUAAGGUGUUGUUCAACACUGGAAAACAGAUCAAAUCUAGACUUGUGAAGGAUGCUGAACUAAAACGAGUUGUCAAAGCCAUAUCAAAUGGACAGCCUAAACGAAAGAUAGCAAUGAUAGCAUAUAACUCUUUUCUGAAAGAGGAAUUCAUUAGCUGCGUUAUCAGUGACAUAAAAAAAGACAUUACAAAGUUGGUAUCCAAAAAGGCAAAUUGCUGCUUAAGAAGUACAAAGUGUGACAACUUAUCUAAUUUCAAAUUUGACAGAUUACUUUUUGAGAUACAGUUACAUGCUCCCAUAUUAUACAAAACUCUGUCGCAUUCUCUCAAAGAUUCCCACGUUGGAAUAGCAGUAACCACAGCCAUUAUUACGAGAAACAAAAAUAUGCAUAUGUCUGCACUACAUCACAUUGUUGCUCAAAUUUUGGAUCACAGUGGGACAACAGAUGAGGUAAAAUUUCAAAUUGAAUCCCGUAUGAUCUGA